CGGGUCGGCGCCUUUGUGUGAGCCGGGCCGGGAUGGUGCGGGGCGCCGGGCGGAGCCCCUUGCCCUGCCAAUUGCUGCUCCCGCCGCGGAUGAGAGCGUGAAGGCCGAGCUGACCAGCAGAAAGGGCUCUUGAAGCAGCUGCUAAGAUGGGCAUGAGGAUCAAGCUGCACAGCACCAACCACCCCAACAACCUGCUGAAGGAACUCAACAAGUGCCGCCUCUCCGAGACCAUGUGCGACGUCACCAUCCUGGUGGGCUCCCGCUCCUUCGCUGCCCACAAGGCCGUGCUGGCCUGUGCUGCUGGCUACUUCCAGAACCUCUUCCUCAACACCGGGCUGGACGCUGCCAGGACCUACGUGGUGGAUUUCAUCACGCCAGCCAACUUUGAGAAGAUCCUGAGCUUUGUGUACACCUCGGAGCUCUUCACCGACCUCAUCAACGUGGGGGUGAUCUACGAGGUGGCCGAGAGGUUGGGCAUGGAGGAUCUGCUGCAGGCUUGUCACUCCACCUUCCCUGACCUGGAGAGCUCGGCCAUCACCAAGCAGCCUGCUCUGUCAGCGGGGGAAGGCAGGGCUGGGGUGCUGAGCAGCACCUCCUCGGAGCAGAGCCACCCUUUGGGGGACAUCAGGGGUGGCGUGGAGCAUUUCGGCCCCGAGCGGAAUUAUCUCCUGCACGGGGACGUGGUGGGAAGCUACAAAGAGGAUGAGAGGAGUGCUGUGGGUGAGGCCAGCCAGGCUCUUCCCCUGAUGCACCCACAGCAGCCUCCCAAGACAGAGCAGGAGUCUGAUGCAGGACAGUUCACUCCAGUCACGGCUCUGGGGGCUCAGCCUGGUGGGAAUAACGUGGCACAAACCACUGGCAGCUCCUGCCCUCAGUUCAAGGCCCAGAGCAAUGGUGACUACAGCAAGGGUGGCUUCUUCCCCACUGAGCCCUCCCUGGAUGUCUCCACGGGGAGCAAUUCCUGCCCCAGCAACAGCGACCACUCCAAAGAGCAGGGAUUCGAGCAGAUGGAUGAGCUCCAGCUGGAGGAUUUGGGGGAGGCCGAGCUGCAUUUUGAGGAUGCUGGAGAAGAGCUGGUGCCAUCUGAGGAGGUGAUUGAGCUCAGUGAUGACAGCGAGGAGGAGCUGGCCUUUGAGAGCGACAGCCGGGACAGCAAGGCCAUGCCCUGCCAGGUGUGCAAGAAGGUUCUGGAACCCAACAUCCAGCUGAUCCGCCAGCACGCCAGGGACCACGUGGACCUGCUCACGGGGAACUGCAAGGUGUGUGAGACCCACUUCCAGGACCGUAACUCCAGGGUGACCCACGUGCUGUCCCACAUUGGCAUCUUCCUCUUCUCCUGCGACAUGUGCGAGACCAAGUUCUUCACCCAGUGGCAGCUGACGCUGCACCGGCGGGACGGGGUCUUCGACAACAACGUCAUUGUCCACCCCAGUGACCCCCUCCCGGGGAAAGUGGCUGUUUUUGGGGGAGGGCCCGGCCCUGAGCUGGCCUGUGCUGCCUGUGGGAAGCCCUUGGCCAAGGAUUUCCACACGGUGCGGAACCACCUGCUGGAGCACGUGAACCUGAAGAGCCAAACGUGCGGCGUGUGCGACCAGCGGCACCUGAGCCUCUGCAGCCUGCUGUGGCACGCCCUGUCCCACCUGGGCAUCUCUGUCUUCUCCUGCUCAGUGUGUGCCAGCAGCUUUGUGGACAGGCAGCUCCUGGAGAAGCACCUGGCCGUGCACCAGCACGUGGAGGAGGCUCUUUUCCAGUGCCACUUCUGCAGCCAGAGCUUCAAGCUGGAGGCCGCUUACCGCUACCACGUCAGCCAGCACAAAUGUGGGGGCAGCCUGGACAUCAGGGCAGGGUUUGGGGAGCGCCUGCAGCCGCAGGGGCUGCCCAAGAGGAAGCUGCCCGAGGAGUUUUUGAGCGAGGAUCUGGCUCUGCAGAGCCAGCCAGGGAACAGCAAGUACAGCUGCAAGGUUUGCGGCAAGAGGUUUGCCCACACCAGCGAGUUCAACUACCACCGGCGCAUCCACACCGGGGAGAAGCCCUACCAGUGCAAGGUGUGCCACAAGUUCUUCCGAGGGCGUUCCACCAUCAAGUGUCACCUGAGGACGCACUCGGGGGCCCUGAUGUAUCGCUGCACGGUGUGUGGCCACUACAGCUCCACGCUCAACCUGAUGAGCAAGCACAUAGGGGUGCACAAGGGCAGCCUCCCGCCCGACUUCACCAUCGAGCAGACUUUCAUGUACAUCAUCCAUUCCAAAGAGGCCGAGAAAAACACGGAUAGCUGAUGGGGAAGAAGAGUGUUGAGGAUGGAGGAGGAAAAAGGAAAGGAAAAAAAAAAAAAAAAAAGCAAGUUGUUUGGUUUUAUUUAAUGGUCAGGCAUCAUGGAUGGAAUUUCGGUUUUGGUUUGAUUUUUUUUUUUUUUAUUAUUAUUAUUUUUGGGCCUUCCUAGGGCUUUUUAGAUUGGUGGAGUUGUACAAAUUAACAGCACGUGAGGUACAUCACUGUUUCAAGGAGUCUGUCGUGUUUACUUACCUCUGGUCCUGUUAGAGGCCAUCUGUGCUAUUAGCAUUUCUCACUAGUUUUUGAGCCUAGAUUCUAUUUUUUUUUUUAAACCUUUUAGCCCACUUGACCAGGCUAAGCUUGUCCACAAACUGAUGCUGCUAAGAUUUUCACACCUGACCUCAGUGGAGAGGGACAAGAGCCAGAGCAGGCGCUGGACUCGAAAGGAAAGGAACAAAAGAGAAAGAAAACGAAAAAAAAAAAGGAAAGGAAAAAAAAGACAUUCUGGGCAUCCCUGGUGCUCUGCUGCUACUGCCAGGAGAGGAGCAAAGUGUGCUCUGGGGAGAGGAGCAGGAAGCACCUGAGUGUGUAAACAAGGAGGGAUCCCAGCAGGGAUCGAGGAGCAGGGAAUUCACAAACGAGGAGGGAUCAGGAGCAGGGAAUUCACAAACGAGGAGGGAUCAGGAGCAGGAGAUUCACAAACGAGGAGGGAUCAGGAGCAGGGAAUUCACAAACGAGGAGGGAUCAGGAGCAGGGAAUUCACACAUCCCCAUGUUUGCUCUGCCGUGCCCUGAGGCCUUGGAGAGGAGGAGCUGAAGGAGCCCCGGGAGCUCCCCGCAGAGGCAGAGGUGGCUGUGUGGGCACGGAGAUCUCCUGCAGGAUUGGAGAGGGAGGGGAGGAAGCUCCCUGAUCCUUUUUGGGGUGAUUUGUGGUGGCCACAGAGAGCCAGAGCAGUGCCCUGGGCAGGUGAGUCAGGAUGAAGCUGUUGCCUUAACUCCCUGGAAGGAGGAGGAGGAGGAGGAGGAGGAGGAGGAGGAGGAAGGACCCUUCUCCUCCCACACCCUGGACGUGUUCCUGUGGCAAACCCGUGUGCUUGGAGCGAUGUGAGUUUGUUUGUUGGUGGGGUGGGAGCCACAGAGAUGGCUGGCCACUUCUGGGGGGGGCUUCCCUGGGUUUGGGGGGCUCUCCUGGGCAUGGAGUGGCCAUGGAGGGGCUCCCCUGG